AUGUCGUACAACCAACCUUCCUCUUCAUCGAUAGCCCCCAGACGCAGGACGUCGCUCCUUAUCCACAGUCGCCCAAAGACUGCAUACGAUAUUGUGCCGGAAAAUGAUGGUGUUCACGCGAGGCCGGCGUCUCGGAGAUCUUUGAUGUUUCCGAGCGCGCACAAUGCUUUGGACUGGGGCUCUUUCAAUCGCAAUCAAGAAGAGACGGGGGCAGACAAUAGCAAACCCGAGUUUGUCGACCCGUUUGCAAACUUCUCCACAGACUCUCAGACUCGACACGCCCUACAUGAGCGUCGGUACUCCGCUUUCACACAGACCCUCAAGCACGGCAUGUCAGAGUUACGAUCUCUGACCCGUCGAAUGUCGCUCACUGUGAAAGGGAAGCCGCCCAGACAAAAGGAGGACUGGAUUCCACCAAAACAGGCUCACUUGCUGUCCUCCAAAUCCGGCGAACACAUGAUGGAUCUGAACGAGGCUAUAUCCACUGGGCCAGCUUCUCAUGGAGAACAAUUACAAGGUCCGAGCAAGGGUAGGAGGCCCUCUCUCCCCUUGCUCAACUUCCGGAGCGGUGUUGCCGAGCCGAAUCAAGAUAGCCCCGAACCCCUUGCUCCUCGGAGCAGAGGACAGCCCUUCUUGUCCGAUCUGGUCUAUGGGGGAGCCGGAGCUAGGGCUUCCGCAGCUGCUCAGAACGAAUUGUACCAUGCCUCUAGAACCCCACCGCUACCCCCGUAUCAGCCGCCGGAAGGAGACCUUGCCAACAAAGACGAAGGCGAUGCGGAGAGUGGUAUUGGUAUUGUGCUUGACGCCACCCAGGAUCGUCGUGGGUCGUCUUCAACCACUGCGCACGUGCUCUGUAGGGAUCCCGCAUCGGUUCUUGCAACAGAGUUGGUGGAAAACAUUUUCUCAUUUCUGGACGUCGAGUCUUUGAUCCAGUCAGCAACGGUGUCUCGCAGAUGGCAUCAGUUGUGUCAGUCCCAGGCGGUUUGGAAAAAGAUCUUCUACCAGGAAUAUGGGCCCAAGGCUCCAUCUUCUUCUGGCGGGCUGCCUCUUGCUGCUGGUCUGGGCAAGAGGUUGCCUGGUCAAGACUUCCGGAAGCUUUUCAAGGUGCGCACGUUGAUUGACAAACGUUGGCGCAACGGCGAAGCGGCCGCAAUCUACUUGAAUGGCCACAAGGACAGCGUCUAUUGUGCCCAGUUCGACGAACAUAAGAUCAUCACCGGCUCGAGAGAUAACACGAUUCGAAUUUGGGACGCUCACACUUAUCAAUGCAUCCGCAAGCUCGGACCGCCGAAUAACCCGAGGGAGAGACAGACCCUGGUGUCGGCCGCGGUGGAGCCCAAGGGCGCGGUGCCUUUCUUCAAGGCCGAUGUCUCGUCUCCGGACCCGGUCUCUCGAGAAAUCGAGCUCUGGCAUCAAGCUUCCGUCCUCUGUUUGCAGUACGAUGAGGAGAUCUUGGUGACAGGCUCGUCGGAUUUCACCUGCCUCGUUUGGUCCAUCAAGGAGGAUUACCGACCCCUUUUCCGCCUCAUUGGCCAUCAUGCGGGGGUGCUCGACGUCUGCAUUGACAACCGUCGAAUCAUCACAUGCUCCAAGGAUACGACGAUCAAGAUCUGGGAUCGAGCAACAGGCAAGUUGAUGAACACCCUGACGGGACACCGUGGCCCUGUAAAUGCAGUCCAGGUCCGAGGGAACUUGUUGGCCAGCGCUAGCGGCGAUGGCAUGUCGAAGCUGUGGCGGCUGGAAGACGGUGUCUGCAUUAAGGAAUUUCAGUCCAAAGACCGUGGGCUUGCGUGUGUCGAGUUUUCGGAGAACGGGCGGACCAUUUUCGCCGGAGGAAACGACCAGGUCAUCUACGAAUACGACACCGUUACCGGCAAUCGCAUCCGUGAGCUCAAAGGUCAUCGAGAUCUCGUGCGAUCCCUUCACCUCGACUCGGCCAACUCGCGCAUCAUCAGUGGCAGCUACGAUCAUUCCAUCAAGGUGUGGGAUGCGGAAAAAGGAGAGUCUGAAGAAGACGGGGGCCUCCAGAUCAACUUUGAAGGGUGGACAUCGAGUUGGAUAUUGGCGGCGAAGAGUAAUUAUCGCAAGAUUGUUUGUACCAGUCAAGACGGACGGGUGGUCAUCAUUGACUUUGGCUAUGGCAUUGAGGGGGUCGACUUGGUCGAGGCUUGA